GCAUUGGCACCACCGACAGUGAUCCGGAAUGUUCUCGGUCCCUCUUAGGAACGUGUGGAACAAAAAUAGACGCGAUGUUCCGGUGUCCGUGGAUGUGUAACGUGUGUCCAUAUUCUGAUCGGAAAUGGAAUUUCACUCUCAUAUCAAAAAUGCCGUGGGAGAAGGGUCUACCGGACUGCACCACAACGCCACCUCCGACAACAACAGCAACAACUCUGACUACAUCCACAAGUCACGUGACGCCAACAUCUGUUGGGCACUCAUUUGCCACAAGUCCUGCCAUCUCGGCAAUUGCUGGGAGCUCAGUCGCGACAAGGCAUAAUUCGAAUGCACAGCUGCAGAACGGUGGCAUCGCAGUGGCAUUCGCCAGUGAACUCUAUAUUGGCUGCACGAUUAUUAUGAUGCUGAAGCAGUGCACCACAUCAUAAAAUAAAUUGUAUGACAUUGCCUACGACGUUUAAAAUAUGCUUACGAUAAUAUGUUUACGUUUUAAUAGGUUUUCUUUUUGUUUGCAUUAUUGUUAUUAUACAGUGAGUGCGGAAAAAGGGAAUAACUUGCUGCGAAAAUAGCAUAAUGAUCGUUUGUACAUAUGUUAAAGUAGUUCUAUAAACCUGUUUAUGAUGUAUGGUGGUAACCAUACAACCAUAUUAUUGCAAUAAGACAGAAAGCAACUGAAAGCUUAUUUACAACUUGAGCACACAUACCGUCGUCAUAUACCGGAUAGGAUAAAGGAUUCUGGAUAACAAGAUGGCAAAAUAAUUAACCAUAACACAGGUAUAAAACGAAAACAAAAUCUAUUCAGCGAGUUAUAUAAUGUGUUUGACAUUUACACACACCCAGAAACAGCUUACAUUUGUGAUUCACUAAAGUACCAAGCUGAAAAGA